UUCUUCUUCGUCAGCCUCCCUUCAAUCGCCAUAUUGGGCAACCGAGAAAAGGGCUCGUCUUUUCUUGUUUUUUCCGUCGUCGUUUUUUUUUUUUUUUUUUUUUUUUACUACACGGCAGCUUUGACAUCGGCGAGGUUUUGCGAGCGCAGUUUGGAUCGGGGGAGCCGCAGGCUUCGCAGCAGCCUGGAACUGGGCUUGCAAAAGGGGGCUUGGCUUUUCCCCAUCCUCCGCUCUCCCCAGUGUCCACUUGGUCUGCCCCAGGCUUUCUGGUGAAUAUCAGGGGUUCUCUCCCCCCGGCCUGUGUCUUAUGCAAGUGUUUGUUGUUGUUGUCUCUUCUCGUGGAGCCGAGAUCGAGUGUAAAAAAAAAAAAAAAAGAAGAGGCAAGGAAGAAAAUAUUUGCACGUAGCGAAAGAGAAAAACAACCACCGCCGCCAGAAGAAAGAGGGUGGGGGGAAAUGUCAAACGUGCGUAUUUCGAAUGGGAGCCCGACCCUGGAGCGGAUGGAAGCCCGGCAGUCGGAGUAUCCCAAGCCGUCAGCUUGCAGGAACCUCUUUGGGCCGGUGAAUCACGAAGAGUUAAACAGGGACUUAAAUAAGCACCGCAGGGACAUGGAAGAGGCAUGUCAAAGGAAGUGGAAUUUUGAUUUCCAGAAUCACAAGCCCCUGGCCGGCAGGUUCGAGUGGCAAGCCGUGGAGAAAGGGAGCUCGCCCGACUUCUACUUCAGACCCCCGAGGCCCCCCAAAGUCGCUUGCAAAUCUGCCACCCACGAGAGUUGGGAUGUAAAUGGAAACUGCCCAACGGUGAUUGUAGUCGGUUCUCAGGGAAUCUCAGAGGACACUCACUCUGUAGAGCAAAAAACUGAUGUAUCUGAAAAUCAAACGGACUUAGCAGACCAGUGCACUGGGCAGAGAAAACGACCAACGACGGAUGAUUCUUCUCCUCAACCUAAAAGAGCCAACACAACAGAAGAAGAGGUUUCAGAAGAAUCCCCGAGUGCCAGUUCAGUGGAGCAAACACCCAAGAAAUCCAGCCCAAGAAGACGUCAAACGUAAACUGUUUAGAGUUAAGAAUAUGCAUUUCCUUGUUCAUCGGAUGCCUCGGUGGUUGAUGAAGGGAGGAAGAUGUAAAGUUUUAUAUAUAUAUAUAUAUAUAUAAAAAAAAUUAAAAUACAUAUCGUUGAUUCUCCAUGGGAUGGAGAUCCUGUACAAGCACUGAAAAAAAACAAAAAAAUAAACAAUAACACUAAAAUUUUAGGCACUCUUAAAAGACCUGCCUCUAAAAGCAUUGGAUGUAGCAUUGUGCAAUUAGGUUUUUCCUUAUUUGCUUCAUUGUACUACCUGUGUAUAUAGUUUUUACCUUAUGUAGCACAUAAACCUUUUUUUGAGGGGGAGAGGGAGGGGAUGGAAAAGGGUGACUAAUUGAAACUUGCUUUCACAAUCUAGCAAGCAGGGAAAUCUAUGAAGAGAAGCAGUGUAGAGGUUUUCUUUUAAAAAAAAAUAUUUAAAGAUGUAUUGUCUCUUUAAGUGGGGUCUACAAUGUCUUUUUUUUUUUUUUUUUAAAUACACCGUAAUGCUAACACUGGCUAUAGCAGACUGUUACAGACUGCUUGUGAAUUUCUACUUAUUACAUUAAGCUUACAAGGUGGGAGCUCUGUUUCCGUUAUGUAGCAGCAAAAGGAUUUUUAUGUCCUGCAACUUCUUAAAUCUCUUAGGAUAAACCUGAAGAAUUUUAAGAGUAGUUCCAUUGAUUCUAACUAUUACCAAUAACAUUGGCUGGAUAUUUUCAAAUGAAUCUAGAGAGUUCAUAUUCCAAAACAGAAUAUUGUUGAUUACUGAUAUUCAUGAGUGAGUGAAAAGGGACACUACAUCUUUAAACAGUAUUUCUACACUGCCUGUGUAUCUGUAUGUAAAAAUAAAAACAUAAAAGUUUGAAGUGUACCUGUGUACAUAACUCUGUAAAGACACUGAGAAAUUAUACUAACUUAUUUAUGUUAAAAGAUUUUUUUAAUCUAGAAGAAGAUAUUUUUUCCCCAUAAAGCCAAAGUGGCAUGUUUUGUGCAUUUGUAAAUGCUCUAUUUGGUAGACUUUUAGGAUUUUUUUUUGUUUCUGUUUUUUUUCUUUCUUUUUCUGUUAAUUAAUAUGGCUGUGCUGAAAGGAUUGCAGACUGAGCCAAGUUUAAUAUUUUUUUGUAAUGCGUGAGAAAAAAUUGCCAAUUGAUAUUGUUUCACAUCAAGCAAUCAAUAAAGAAAACUGCCAUAUA